AUGGCGGACGAGCGCGAUCCCGGCGCGGCGUCCGGCUCCGCGACGGACCAUCCGGCGCGCCUCAGAUGGGCCGUGAACACGGAGCGGUGGAGUCCGUCGGGCGACCACGAGGGCGCCGAGUUCGGGUUCCUCCUCUCGCUCCUGCCGCGUCACGAGCGCGAGGAGUGCCUCAAGUUUGUUCACAUGCCGGACAAGAAGCGCGCGCUGGUGAGCAGGCUGCUGCAGCGCGCCGCGUGCGCGCGGGUCACCUCCGCCCCUCACGCGUCCAUCGAGAUCCGUCGAACGAAGGGGCGCAAGCCGUUCCUCGCGUCGCCCCUGCCGGACCCCGCGCUCGCCCCGAACUUCAACUUCAACGUGUCGCACGAGGGCGACUUCGUGGUGCUCGCAUCGGAGCCCGUGGCCGUGUGCGGCGUGGACGUCGCCGCACCCGGCCAGGCGCGGCGGAGACGGAGAGACGGGAGGAAGCCCUCCAUCGACGAGAUGCUCAAGGUCUUCGCCAACGUUCUCACGCCCAACGAGCGGGCCGCCGUGGAGAACGCGGCCGGGGACGACGAGGCCAAGGAGGACGUGUUCCGGCGGCACUGGAGUCUUAAGGAGGCGCUGGUCAAGGCCAUGGGCGUGGGCCUGGCGCUGGAACUCAACCGCGCGGAUUUUGAGUGCGAGGACGAGGGCGCGGGGGUUCGACGGGCGGGUUCGGCGGCUCCCCGCGGGAGACUCCCGGGGGGCGUGGAGACGGCGACGCUGCGGCUCGACGGCGAGCCGAAGACCAGGUGGAGGUUCUUCAUGCAGCCGCUGGGGGUGCGCGAGUCCGAGAACGGCGGCGGGAGGCACUGGGUGACCGUGUCCAGGGGACCCUUCGAGGAUGUGACGGAUGCAAACGGAGAGUUCAGCGCGACGUGGCGGCGCGUGGACUUCACGGACGAGGAGUGGGCCGAGGCGGUGGACGCGCCGUCGCCGCCGUUUUCCACGAUCACGGUGAGCGACCUCGUGCCGGAACAUCUUCGAGGGGAUUUCGAAGAGGCCGGAGGGGACGUCUACUAA